GUUUGCAAUUCCAGGUGUCUAUAUGCGGGUUAGCUAACUGGUUAGCUGUCUGAGCUACAGUUGCCUUUUUAUUCGGGGUAAAAUUAACGAACGGCUCUGCCACCCCGUUAACAUCGGCAUAUUUGUACGCCACUAUGCCGGUUCACUCCCGGGAGAAGAAAGAAAGUAACCACGAAGAAAUGGAGGUGGAUUUUCCCGAGCAGGACGGUAGCAGCACAGACGAGGAGGACACCGUUAGCUCAUCCGUGUCCGAGGAUGGAGACAGCUCGGAGAUGGAUGAUGAGGACUGUGAAAGGAGGAGGAUGGAGUGCCUGGAUGAGAUGACCACCCUGGAGAAACAGUUCACUGACUUGAAAGAGCAGUUGUACAAGGAGCGUCUGAACCAGGUGGACAUCAAGCUGCAGGAGGUAAUGGCUGGCUGUGCCCAAGAGUAUCUGGAACCUUUAGCCAACCUGCAGGAGAACAUGCAAAUCAGGACCAAAGUGGCUGGGAUCUACAGGGAGCUGUGUUUGGAGUCAGUGAAGAAUAAGUACGAGUGUGAGAUCCAGGCAGCCUGCCAACACUGGGAGAGUGAGAAGUUGCUGCUGUUUGACACUGUGCAGAGUGAACUUGAGGAAAAGAUAAGAAGAUUGGAAGAAGACAGACACAGUAUUGACAUUACCUCAGAGUUGUGGAAUGAUGGAUUGCACUCACGGAAAAACAAGAAAAAAGACCCGUUCUGCCCAGUCAAGAAGAAGAAGCCUGUUGUUGUUUCUGGGCCUUAUAUUGUUUACAUGCUGCAAGAUCUGGAUAUUCUUGAAGACUGGACUGCAAUAAGAAAGGCGAUGGCUUCGCUGGGGCCACACAGGGUGAAGGUGGAUGUCCCUGCAGUAAAGCCUGACAGACAUCACCAUGUGGUGCACUCUGAGGACGGUCGACUUUUCUAUGACAACCAGUGGUACUGCAGGGGACAGACCAUCUGUAUCAACAGAAAGGACGAGUACCCGACGAGUGCCAUCAUCACCACAAUCAACAACGAUGAGGUGUGGUUCAAACGACUGGAUGGCACUAAGUCAAAGCUGUACAUCUCCCAACUGCAGAAAGGCAAAUACACUAUUAAGCACUCAUAAGAACACACUGACACUCGCUCACACACAUACAGUACAAAGACUAUCAUCUUUGAAAUGUUUCUCUGCCUCUUUUCCAUGUUCUGUCUUUCUACAUGCUUGCCAUAUGUACAGUACACGCACGCGCACACACACACUCACACAAACACACCUCAUUUCACAACCUCUUUGUAUGAGUAACAAAAAAGAAACUGUCCAGAAACAAACAAGUGUCAACAGACCUUUUUAGAAGAUGGUCUUCUCUGUAAAUAUGUAUAUGUAUGUUAAUAAUGUUGACAAGGUCACAAAGUGUCAUUUUCUCUGAAAUGGAGAUCAAUGCAAAGUGCUACUAAAAAAAAUUAAAAUUUAAAAAAAAAAAAAAAAAAAAAAGGGAGAAAAACCAGAGCAGUAGCGUAUGGUGAAGCUCAGUCGCGUGCCUUUCUGAGACAAGACGAUGCCUCUGCUGAUUUAAAAAAAAAAAA